AUGACGGUUGAUACGAGCUACUUGACCACUCAGGUCAACAAUAUCGUCAGCCAGCUACAUGGUAUCUUUGAUGAGAUUGGCGUUCCGAAUCAUGAACGGGACGCGCGAGAGGCAGAGCUCUUUAACUCUUUAUCGGAAACUCUGAACGAUCACCUCAGAUCUGUUGACAAUGAAAAGAAUAAGAUGAUAGAAGAGGCCGAGGGCCUCAUCACAGCAAUUCGACAAAUGGAAUCGUCAUUGAUCGAUGAACGGGAGAGUGGACAGUACCAUCUGGAUCUUGAUGGUCUAGAAGUUAGCUACCCUCUAAACCGCUGUCUUGUGUCUCUGCAAGAAAAGCAUAACACACUUAGCAAAUUACACCAAGAGCGAUUCGAACAGGUCAAGAAGCUUGUUGAGGCGCUCGAAUCAUAUUCCUCUCAUCUCGAGUCAUCUUUCGUUUCUAUUACCCUUCCUCCAACCACGCCGGGUUCGUCAGUUCCACCCAGUUUCGAUUUGUCCCCAUCAUAUGUUACCGCAUUGGAUGAAGAGUUUACCCGAGUCUACGAAGAGUAUUUCCGGCGCCUGUCAGUUGUCCAGUCUACCUCUGAAGAAAUCAUCAAGCUUUGGGCAGAACUCGGCACACCACAGGCGCAAACAGAUUCCUCUAUUGUCAAAUAUUACCGUGAGGCCCCAGAGCAACUGGGCCUCCACGAAUCAGAUUUGGCCUGCCUCAAGAGCAAGCGAGACAAGCUGCUGGAUGAGAAGAAGAAUCGUGAGCGCAAACUGAAGGAGAUCAAAACCGCAGUCGAGACGCUCUGGGAUCGAUUUGGCGUUGAAGAGGGCGAUCGAAAGGCGUUCCUUGCCGCCAAUCGCGGCUGUGGUCUAAGGAUCAUUAAUGAAUUUGAAGACGAGCUGUCCCGCCUCAAUGAACUUAAGAGACAGAAUCUGCAUCUCUUCGUGGAAGACGCACGCUGCAGGCUCCAGGAGCUUUGGGACAGUUUGUAUUUCUCUGAGGAGGAAAUGCUCGACUUCACUCCAGCCUUCUCUGAUGUUUGCAGCGACGCCUUGCUAGAAGCGCAUGAAGCAGAGAUCUCACGAUUAGAAGCAUUAAAAGAACAGCGUGCUCCUACCCUGCAUCUCAUUGAGCGACACCGCAACCUUGUAGCAGAGCGUGAGGCUUUGGCGGCUUCGAGCCAGGAUGCAUCUCGCCUUAUGGCCCGUGGAAACAAGGGAGAGAAACGCGACCCGGGAAAGCUACUACGAGAAGAGAAGAUGAGAAAGAGAAUUGCUAAGGAAUUGCCCAAGGUUGAAGCGGAGUUGAGGAAAGAGCUCGAGCAUUGGGAGGAUGAAUACGGACGGCCCUUCCUCGUUUUUGGCGAAAGGUAUCUCGAUGAGCUGACACCUGUCGUUGCAAAACCACCACCCCGCUCAAAGACGCCUUCGGCCCCUGCUUCAGCUUCAAAGAUAAAUACCGUGAAGCAGUUGCCUUCUCGUCCAGCGAGUGCCAUGAGGGCCCCGCCCCCUCCGCGAUCAGCUACCAAGACCCCCACUGGUUCAGUUCGACGCAACCAAGCCCCUACAAAAUCGCCAUCGAAAAUCCCGGCACGCGUGCCACUUUCGAAUAUGCCUCAAGGAAGCAACAGUCCUGACCGUCGUCCCUUUGCAUCACACACUAUCAGUGGCAAGAUGCCUUCAUCCCGUGCACCGAUACCAUCAAGAAUGCGUGCGAUGACAGUUGAAUCGAAGGAUGAACGGCGGGGCUUUGCCCUUGAACCACCCCGUUGUGCCAGUGCCUUGUCCAAUUCGUUUGUGCGGUCGGUGACACCUGAAGACGUGUAUGAUGACCAUCAACGAUCUUUCAUGAGUGCCUCGUCCAUUUUCUCCCAGAGAUCGGCACAAUAUUCACAAUCGUCGCAAUCGUCAACCUCGUCUAUACAUUCUUCCCUGCGAGGAUUUCCACGGCCAAAUCCUUAUCUGCAGCGUGCACCUCCUCCACCAGCCAUCCGACAGACCUCAGGUUCUUCGAACUCAUCGACAGUCAAUACUGCAACUUCUGGAUCAGAGAACUGGGAAACAUUCGAUGAUGCGUCCGGAUCCGAGGCUGAUGCUACUGAAAUGUAUUAUGCCAAGGUUCGAUCCGCUCAGUCCAAACAUUUCGAUGGUAUUCAUAAUACCCCGUUCUCUGGCAAAUUGUCCAAAGGUAUUCGCAGUAUAAGUCCAGAAUAGUGCGACAGUUGUCGUAGCGAAUUGAUUCUCUAGCUGGAAUAGAAUCAGGACCAGACAGACAGCAUGGGGGCCUAUUGGAAAGUUUCUCUCGUUCAGCGACCGCUUCUCAUAGAUGGAUGCUAUGGUCAUGGAUUGACGAAUUUAUGAUUGGCUUUGGAAUCGGAUUGGCUGUCUUUGUGUGAGUUCGCCUACUAUCCUUGCGCGCGCCCACAAUUUAUUACUCAUGUUUCCUUUUUACAAGAGAAAUAUGUGAUCAUGCCAUAUACUUGUUGCUUGCAGCUUUAUUUUUCAUUUCAAAAGAUACCUGCUGUUUGGUGAUAGCCCAGGUGCACAUCUGUCUCGGUCCUCUUGUUUUUCAAUGAGAUAUGAGACAAUGGGCAAGGGUACUACCAAUUCAGCUUUGUUUUAAUAAGAGGCUGCUGAGAGGCUCAGAGCUUCUGUGAAUUAUCUGGGAAUGGUGGCGGUAUCAUUGCUUUUAUUUUUUAUUUUUUAUUUUUCCUUAACUGUCUGAGAGAUGCAUGCUCUGCAUACAUUAAUGUUUUAUGGCCUCUAUUGGAUAUCCUUCACCUUCAAAGGUUCUAUGCUUUGGUUUUGAUCUCCCUCUCUCCCACCUUUUUCAAGUCCUUUUCCUUUACUAUAUCCUCUGGAGUUGUAUGUAAUCCAAACUGCUUGUCUCUUUACUACCGUUGUUGAUAUCAAUUUAUACAGUUAGCUGUACGUUCUGCCAAGAUUAUAUUUGAAUGAACGCCUCGUUCGUUGAGAUCUAAGCUCUACAAUGUCAU